UUGCAUGCUGUCAGCAGUAUUUGAGUCUCCUGCUAUGGCAACAGUGGCUGCAGUUCCAAUUGAUUUAAUUUCUUUGAUAAUGGCUGGAAUAUUUUAUAAUGUCAGAGUUUUACCUGCUUCAGUUAUUUGGCUGAAAUAUCUGUCUCAAUUUUACUAUUCCAAUGAGGCAUUGGCAGUUGUACA